AUGAUCGACACAACCCUGACACCGACACGGGUGACAAUCUUGAAUCCCAAAACUCGAUGCCCAGUAUUGGGUUGCAAUCCAAUGAUUCAGCAGAUAACGAUAUCACAACAAAAGAGCAACACACCGCAGGAUAAAAAGGCUGUUCCUGCAGACGACAGUAGUCAGAAUCAACCAAAAGAAAUCACUUCAGUUACCCCACCAUCUGAGGCAAAGAACGAGGAAAUCUCCAGUAAUUCCAUAGAAGAGAUGAAAAGCUCAAAGGCAGCUUCUCUGUUGCCCUUGCUACCAAAUAACACAGUUGCCACCAUCAACCAAUGGCCACUCAAUGGAACAUUGUCAUCAGAUCAGCUUUCUCCUCAAACUCAGGCUUUUCAAUGGACAAUUCGUGACCCAAAUUUUGAGUCACUAGAGCCAUGGCAGCUGGUGGAAAACUCUGCUCUGGUUUGUUUCUACUAUGCCACAGGAGGAGACACAAGCUGGAAUGAAUCAAACAAUUGGCUGUCCUACAAUCGGGAGGCAUUCCCAUGGUUGAUACACAAGAACCUGGUGGGAAACUACUGGAUUCCAAAGAGUGUCUUUGUUGCUUGGCUUGGAGGACAGGAAAGUGAGGAACUGCUUAAUCUCUGGCUGCAAGUCAAUGGCCUCAAAGGUUCCCUCUCACUGGCAAUCCUCUUCUGA